UGUCCUCCUAUUACGCCCGAGAAGAACGGCGGCGUAUUUAAGGAGAUCGUGAAGGCCGGAACCGGCGAUGAGACGCCGAGCGAUGGAUGCUCAGUCUCCGUUCACUACACUGGAAAGCUGGUGGAUGGCACGGAGUUCGACUCGAGCCGCUCGCGGGGGCCGUUCGAGUUCAACCUCGGCAGCGGUGCUGUGAUCAAGGCAUGGGAAAUUGGCAUCAAGACGAUGAAGAAGGGGGAGGUGGCCAUACUCACCUGUGCCCCCGAAUAUGCUUAUGGCAAGAAUGGCAGCCCUCCAAAAAUUCCAGCCGACGCGACACUCAUCUUUGAGGUUGAGGUGCUCGACUGGAAACUGGAGGACAUCAGCCCUGACAACGAUGGCAGCAUUCAGCGCAGGAUCAUCACCGCUGGCGAGCUUUACACGAAUCCUAAGGAGGAGGCCAGUGUAAAAGUCCACCUCAAGGGCAUGUACGAAGGUCGCGUCUUUGAUGAACGAGAUGUUGAGUUUGUGGUCGGUGAAGGCACGGACCAGGGUGUCGUAAAGGGUGUGGAAGAUGGCCUGCUCAAGUUCAAGAAAGGGGAGAAGUCGCUUCUACGGAUUGCGCCCAGUAAGGCAUUUGGCACAACGGGCAACACACAGUUCAGCAUCCCACCCAAUGCAACAGUCGAAUACGAGGUCACCCUGAAGAGCUUCGAGAAUGCAAAAGAGUCUUGGGAGAUGGACAUUGAAGAGAAACUUGAACAAUCAGAAAUCUGCAAAGGCAAGGGCACAGCAUUCCUGAAGGAGGAGAAGUACGAGCUGGCACUAGGGAAGUACCGCAGGGUAGUGAGCCUCUUGGAGCACGAGGACAACCUGAAAGAAGAGUUGAAGGAUCGGCGCCACGCUCUGCUCCUCGCGACUCAGCUGAACCUGGCCCUGUGCUACAACAAGCUGAAUGACUCCCUCGAGGCCAUCCGCGCUUGCGACAAGGCGCUCGAGCUAGACCCUCGCUCCGAGAAGGCUUUCUUCCGCAGGGGACAGGCCUACAUUGCAACCAAAGACUUUGACCUUGCCCGCAAGGACUUUGAGGAGGUGCUCAAGAUCGAUUCGAACAACAAGGCUGCCCGCAACCAGCUCAGCAUUUGCACUGUCAAGCUGAAGCAACAGUUGCAGAAGGAGCGUCAGAUGUACAAGCACAUCUUCGACCGCAUGGCUGCCCAGGCUGAAACUAAUGCUCCUGCUAGUGCCACCAAGGAACCAGGUAAGGAAGAGCCCCUGGAGCCGGGAGUCUGGAACCGCUCCGAUGAGAACAACCAGGAGGCCGCUACGCCGGAGGAGUCUAAAACAGCCACGGAAGCUGACAAGGAAGUGCCACCAGAAUCUGUCCCUGCAUCGUCAUAGUGUCCUUUGCACCCUGAAGAGCCAAAUCACAUGGCUUUCAAGCUUGUCUGAGAAACGGAUGAGGAACCACUGAUUUUUUUUUUUUAGUUUUUUUUUUUUUUUUCCAGUUGCAUUUCUGUGGCACCUUGGUUCGUUGCCUCUGUGGUCACUGUCGUCGGUCAGUCAAGGCAAACUUGCAAGUCUAAUCAUUCCUCAUGCGCCCUGCUCAGCCAAGUGGUCUGAGAUACCUCUGAGCGUCAUUUCAGCCAGUGUUUUCAAUAAAAACUUGUUCAUAUGGA